AAACGUAAAGCAGUUUAUAAACCAAACAAUAAAAUUUUAUUGUUGAAAUCGAAAUUAUCAUUAAUUUAAGUAAAUAUCAUGUCAGGAACGCUUGAAUCCUUUGUAGGAAAGCCCGUUUUAAUAGUCAGUUGUGAUGGUCGAUGUUUUAGUGGAACAUUAAAAGGAUUUGAUCAGUUAAUCAAUUUAAUUCUUGUUGACACGCACGAGAGAAUAUUUUCCUCGUCAGGAAUGGAACAAAUUAAUCUAGGAUUAAAGAUAAUCAGGGGAGAUAAUGUCGCAUUGAUUGGAUUGAUAGAUGAAGCCAUUGAGCAAGAAAUUGAUUACAGCAAAUUUAGUAAAUUAGAGCCAAUCAAGGAAGUUAUCCAUUAAAAAAUCAUACUUCAUCAUCUGUCAAUAAAAUAAAGUACCU